AUGGGAAGUAUCCAGGUAACAGGCCUCCUUGUGGGAACGCUAGACGUGGUUUUGGAUUCCAGCGCCAGGGUUGCCCCGUACCGUAUCCUGCACCAGACUCAGGACUCCCAAGUGUACUGGGCAGUAGCAUGUGGAUCAUCUCGUAAAGAGAUCACGAAGCAUUGGGAAUGGCUGGAGAAUAACUUACUGCAGACUCUCUCCAUCUUUGAUAACGAAGAAGAUAUCACCACAUUCGUGAAGGGCAAGAUACAUGGAAUUAUUGCUGAAGAGAACAAGAAUCAGCAGCCUCAGAGUGAAGAGGAUCCAGGCAAAUUCAAAGAAGCUGAACUGAAGAUGCGGAAGCAGUUUGGGAUGCCUGAGGUGGAGAAGUUGGUCAAUUACUAUUCUUGCAGCUACUGGAAGGGACGUGUACCCAGGCAGGGCUGGCUGUACCUCACUGUCAAUCACCUCUGUUUCUACUCCUUCCUGCUAGGCAAAGAGGUGACAUUGGUGAUCCAAUGGGUGGAUGUAACCCAGCUAGAAAAAAAUGCUACACUGUUGUUCCCUGAGUGCAUUAAAGUGAGCACACGGGACAGUGAGCUAUAUUUUUCCAUGUUCCUCAAUAUCAAUGAGACCUUCAAGCUGAUGGAGCAGCUGGCAAACAUUGCUAUGCGACAGCUGUUGGAUAAUGAGAGCUUCCUAGAGGACAAGUCCCUCCCGAAGCCCAGGAAGCCUCUGAAGAACAUCUCUGCACUAAAAAGGGACCUAGAUGCUCGGGCCAAAAACGAAUGCUACCGUGCCACCUUCCGGCUGCCCAAGGAUGAGUGCCUGGACGGACACACAGACUGUACCUUGUGGACACCAUUCAACAAGAUGCACAUUCCCGGCCAGAUGUUCGUUUCCAACAAUUAUAUCUGCUUUGCCAGUAAGGCAGAGGAGGCCUGUCAUCUCAUCAUUCCCCUCAGGGAGGUGACAAUUGUUGAGAAAGCAGAUAGUUCCAGUGUCUUGCCAAGCCCACUGUCCAUCAGCACCAGAAGUAAAAUGACUUUCUUCUUUGCCAAUCUGAGGGACCGAGAUUUCUUGGUGCAGAGGAUCUCUGAUUUCUUGCAGAGAACACCAUCCAAGAAACCAUGUGGCAGCGACAGGGAAUGGAAGUGGAAUUUUGGUGAUCCAGGUUGUGAGGAAGGGCCGGAGUUGCCUUCCAGCAGCCCGCUUGCUGUCAGCCCUUCAGCCGCUCUCAACAGCCGGCCCGUCACCUUCUGUGCAGGGGAAGUGCCAACAGCCUCCCAGGGGCUGCUCAAACUCUUCAGAAGAAAUUCUGAGGAGCUCUUGGGACCCAAAGGGGCAAAGGAGAAGAUGAAGGAAGAGUCUUGGAACAUUCACUUCUUUGAAUAUGGGCGAGGGAUGUGUAUGUAUCGCACAGCCAAGACCAGGGAGCUGGUGCAAAAAGGAAUCCCAGAGAAUCUCCGAGGAGAGCUGUGGCUCCUUUUCUCAGGUGCUUGGAACGAGAUGGUCACACAUCCUGGAUAUUAUGCAGAUCUUGUGGAAAAGUCAAUGGGAAAAUACAAUCUUGCUACAGAGGAAAUUGAGAGAGAUCUGCACCGCUCCAUGCCAGAACAUCCUGCCUUCCAGAAUGAGCUGGGAAUUGCUGCUCUCCGGAGGGUCUUAACAGCUUAUGCAUUCAGAAAUCCAACAAUUGGGUACUGCCAGGCCAUGAACAUUGUUACAUCGGUGCUGUUGCUCUACUGCAAUGAGGAAGAGGCUUUCUGGCUCCUCGUGGCUUUAUGUGAGAGGAUGUUGCCAGAUUACUACAACACAAGAGUAGUGGGUGCAUUAGUGGACCAAGGCAUCUUUGAAGAACUUACACGAGAGUAUCUCCCGCAGCUGUCAGAAAAGAUGCAGGACCUGGGAGUGAUUUCCACCAUAUCUCUUUCCUGGUUUCUCACUCUCUUUCUCAGCGUCAUGCCCUUUGAGAGUGCCGUGGUCAUUGUUGACUGUUUUUUCUAUGAGGGCAUCAAGUUUAUCUUGCAGGUGUCUUUGGCCAUACUUGAUGCCAACAUGGAGAAGCUGCUGCAGUGCUGUGAUGAAGGUGAAGCCAUGACUAUUCUGGGCAGGUAUCUGGACAAUGUGGUUAACAGACAGAGCAUCUCUCCACCUAUCCCCCACUUGCACGCCUUACUGACCAGUGGGGAUGAUCCACCACUGGAAAUCGACAUCUUCGAGCUCAUCAAAACAUCCUAUGAGAAAUUUAGCAAUCUGAAGGCAGAUGACAUUGAACAAAUGCGCUUUAAACAAAGACUGAAAGUGAUCCAGUCUCUGGAGGAUACAGCCAAGAAGAGUGUGGUCCGAGCUGUGUCUGGUGACAUUGGCUUCUCCAUUGAGGAACUGGAAGAGCUGUAUGUAGUGUUCAAGGCCAAGUAUCUGAUGAGCUGUUACUGGGGAAAUAACCGUGCUGCAGCUGCCCGCCGAGAUCAGAGUCUGCCCUACCUGGAGCAGUAUCGCAUAGACAUGGAGCAGUUCAAAGACCUGUUCAUCAGCUUGACCCCCUGGUCCUGUGGCACCCAUACACCGGUACUGGCAGGGCGGCUCUUCCGGCUGCUGGAUGAAAACAGAGAUUCUCUCAUUAACUUCAAGGAAUUUGUGACAGGAAUGAGUGGGAUGUAUCACGGCGACCUCACUGAAAAACUCAAAGUACUUUACAAACUGCAUCUGCCUCCUGCUCUGAGUCCAGAGGAGACCGAAUCUGCUCUGGAGGCCACAAGUUAUUUCACAGAGGAUGUUACAACAGAAGAAACACAAGAAGAAAAAGGAAGGAAGAAUGAGAGCUGUCAAGAAAAAGAAGAGAAAGGUACUAGUCCACAGGACUAUAGAUACUACCUAAGAAUGUGGGCCAAAGAAAAGGAGUCCAGGAAAGAAACCAUUAAAGAUCUUCCCAAAAUGAGCCAGGAACAGUUCAUAGAGUUGUGCAAGACUCUUUACAACAUGUUCAGCGAGGACCCGGUGGAGCAAGAGCUGUACCACGCGAUUGCCACUGUAGCCAGUCUCCUCCUGCGGAUCGGGGAGGUUGGAAAAAAAUUCUCCAACCGGCCCAUGAAGAAGUCUGAAGAGAGCAAAACACACAAUAGCCAAGAUCCUGUGAGUGAAGAGGAGUCACCAACAUCUGAACAAAGUCAGAAUUCAGCAGUGGAGCAGCAACCCCAAGCUGACUGUGAGGACAAAACCCCUGGUGGAAACCAAACUCUAGGAGAUGGGUCAGGGGAAGGACAAGGCUCUCCUUUACAGCUGCUAUCAGAUGAUGAAACCAAAGAUGAUAUGUCCAUGUCUUCCUACUCCAUGGUCAGCACAGGCUCCUUGCAGUGUGAAGACAUUGCCGACGACACGGUCCUGGUUGGUUGCGAAGGCAGUAGUUCAGCUGCCAGGUAUGGCAGUACCAUUGACACAGACUGGUCCAUCUCCUUCGAGCAGAUCUUGGCAUCCAUGCUGACAGAGACAGCCCUUGUAAACUACUUUGAGAAGAAGGUCAAUAUUCUCCAGAAGAUCAAAGAUCAAAAGAGAGUGGAGAGGCAGUUCAGUUCAUCCAGCGACUACGAACUGUCCUCUGUGUCAGGGUGAGCUC